CAGCAACGCCCUGUGUCCCAGACCAGCGCGCGCAUCACACAGACGCACCCGCCGGAAAGAGGAUAACGGCGGCUGCUACAUUAAGCUGCAGCUGAUGCUGCCGAGGUAUCUGCAGCGCCGUUUGGCUGUUUUCAGUUUCAUUCAAGAUGUCAGAGGGGUGAAGACUGUCAUACACACCGAAGAUGUUUGUGAGUUGCCUUUGCAAGUCCGUGACGGGCGGAUUUAAUGAAAGGAGUAAUCUUUUCGAGGAUAAACAUAACAUGCACCCUCUGCUAUUGACGCGUCUCUGGGAUGCAGUCAUAGUUUGAGGCCGGCCGGACAUGAUUUUAAUCUCAGGGGUUGCUGUAGUGGAUGCAGGAUGAUGAGCGCCGCACCCCAAGAGAUACUGAUAAGGAAAAUACAGAUCGGUCCUUCAAUGCCACACAACCGAUCCGGAUUUUUGCUGGACUGUGGCGCACCGUGAGCAUCCUGGUUAUUCUGUGUUGUUAUAUUUUUGUUGACCGGGACUCUAACUUGUAUAUUGGAGAACUGAUGCUGAAGGAUUGGGGUGUUUUGGCUGAAGGGACCAACUGAGCGCUGUUGCUCUUACUAAGCGGGGGGACCGAGGCUGAGCUUCUCAGCUGCCCUUUUCAACUCACAAUAAUAACCUUUCAGCAUGGCUGAGAAAACGUUGGAGCAGGGCACGGUUAGCAUCCCCAUGGAGGAGACCAAACUCCCGGGAGGAGCACCGCAGGAGGCACCACUGCUCACCCACCUGAAAAAAGUGGAGAACCACAUAACAGAGGCUCAGCGCUUUUCCCACCUCCCACGCCGCUCCGCUGUUGACCUGGAGUUCAAUGAGCUCUCGUACACCAUCCGAGAGGGUCCCUGGUGGAGGAGGAGAGGUUACAAAGCGCUCCUCAAGUGUCUGUCAGGAAGAUUCUGCAGCAGAGAGUUGAUUGGCAUCAUGGGACCCUCUGGAGCUGGGAAAUCCACUUUAAUGAACAUUCUGGCAGGAUACAGGGAAACUGGGAUGAAGGGCACAAUCCUUGUGAAUGGACGACCAAGGGACCUUCGGACAUUCAGGAAGAUGUCCUGCUACAUUAUGCAGGAUGACAUGCUGCUGCCACACCUCACUGCGAGGGAGGCCAUGAUGGUUUCUGCCAAUCUGAAACUGAAUGAGAGUGUGCAGGUCAAAAAAGAACUUGUGGAUGAGAUCCUUACAGCUUUGGGCCUUCAGGAAUGUGCUCAGACCCGCACCAAUGCUCUUUCUGGGGGUCAGUGUAAAAGACUGGCUAUCGCCCUGGAGCUGGUCUACAACCCACCAGUUAUGUUCUUUGAUGAACCCACUAGUGGUCUGGACAGCGCAUCAUGCUUCCAGGUCGUUUCCCUCAUGAAGUCUCUGGCUCAGGGAGGACGGACAAUCAUCUGCACCAUUCAUCAGCCCAGUGCCAAGCUCUUUGAGAUGUUUGAUAAGCUGUACAUCCUCAGUCAGGGUCAGUGCAUAUACAAGGGCACUGUCCCUUACCUCAUCCCUUAUCUAAAGAACCUGGGCCUUCACUGCCCGACUUAUCACAACCCUGCUGAUUUCAUCAUUGAGGUGGCGUCAGGAGAAUAUGGAGACCUGAACCCAGUGCUGUUUGAGGCGGUCCAGGGUGGACUGUGCUCAGAUGAGGGCAAGAAGAACUCCAGAGACAAAAGUGACUCCUCAUGUCCCUCACAGUGUCACAGUGACACAGGAACCCUUGAGAAGCAUAGCUUUGCCACCAGUACAUUCACACAGUUCUGCAUACUCUUCAAAAGAACCUUCAUUACGAUAUGCAGGGACACGGUGCUGACCCACCUGAGGGUUAUGUCCCAUCUGUCUAUCGGAGUGCUUAUUGGUUUGCUUUAUCUCAAAAUUGGAAAUGAUGCCAGCAAGGUCUUUAACAACACUGGUUUCCUCUUCUUCUCCAUGCUGUUCCUUAUGUUUGCUGCCCUGAUGCCUACAGUACUAACCUUUCCCCUGGAAAUGUCUGUGUUUGUGAGGGAACAUCUCAACUACUGGUACAGCCUGAAGGCAUAUUACUUGGCUAAAACCAUGGCUGACAUACCAUUCCAGGUGAUUUGUCCGAUCAUGUACUGCAGUAUAGUGUACUGGAUGACAGAACAGCCUCCAGAGGCAGGUCGCUACCUGCUCUUUGUGGCCUUGUCAACAUCCACAGCCCUGGUAGCCCAGUCCCUUGGUCUGCUUAUUGGUGCUGCAUCCACAUCUCUGCAGGUAGCAACUUUUGUGGGUCCAGUCACAGCCAUACCUGUUCUCCUCUUCUCUGGCUUCUUUGUCAAUUUUGACACUAUUCCAAAAUACCUACAGUGGAGCUCUUAUGUCUCCUAUGUCAGGUAUGGCUUUGAGGGGGUGAUACUCUCUAUCUAUGGGAUGAACAGGUCUGAGCUGGAGUGUCCAGACCCCAUGUGUAAGUUUCAAAAGCCAGAGGAGGUCCUGCAGUUGUUGGAUGUGGAGGAUGCAAAGCUUUAUGUGGACUUCAUGGUGCUGGGGGUUUUCUUCCUAGUCCUCAGACUUGCCACCUAUCUGGUUCUGCGUUACAAAGUCAAGUCAGAGCGUUAAGACAUGCAGAUGCAACUACUGAUGGAUUUGGAUGCUCAUACAUGUCCAGGUAGUGUGAGAAAAGAUGUGUUCAGUCUUUGUCUGUCUCCACUUCACAUACACAUAAAAAGAUCCACACAAAUCCUGUGCAUACAAUUAUCAGAAAGCUAUGCUGCACCAUUACCCAAACUGUACAGUAUAACAAAAAUUGAAGGAUAGGGAAAAGUUUAGACUGUGAAGUGUUUCUCCAUCCCAAGUCUAUUACUACCCCCAAAUAAGUUAAAAUAUGUUUAAAUAACACAUUCUGUAUUUGUGUAUUUGCAAAAUAAAUAUACAGAAUAUCCAUCAAAGUAACCUAAAGCAUGUUUCAAUAAACUAAGACAUUUGGAUUUGGAUUUUUAUGGCCAAUUCAGAAAGUGUCACAUUACUCAUGGGCUAAAGCAUCAUUAGUCAUGACCAUCUUGUUCAAGAGGGUCCAGUGACUUGUCUCAAUUCAGUGCCUAAAAAGGUAAUUCAAUCCACUUCAUCCUUUUAACUGAUAUGUAACUGGAAAGCACCCAAGAAGAUGUCCAAGGAGCAAGAUUUCAAGAUGAAUUAUCUCUUUUUGCCAUCAGAACACUGGAAACUUUCUAUGCCAGGAAACUUUUGCGUGGCUUAUCUUUCUCUUGUUGGGUGAUCUUAUCAGGUAUCUUACCACGAUGCUUAACAUACUGACUUGUCUUUAUGGAACACGACAUAAACAAACCGACUGCCAAUGGAAAACUUUCUUCACUUUCUAGAGUGGGUCAUCUUUCAAGGCCUCCUGCCUUACCACUGACAGUGGUAGAACGUAAAAACGUGGAUGAAGUACUUGUACAAAUGUUAAGCAGCGUGUCUUAUGAUUCACCCAGCAACCAGACCUGAGUCCUUACUUGUUCCAUAUUGUAUCAUGUUUAUUUCUACCAUAAACUUGGAAGCUAAAUGUGAAAAGCAAGCAACCUGGACUGUUGUAAUUGCAGAGAGAAUGGUGUUUUAGAUGAAGUGCAAUAGCUUAUACAUGGACAAAAAAAUGGAUGUUUGUCUAAUCAGUGUUGUUUUUUGACACUACUAUUCUUUGAAAUGCUUGUUUCCACUUGUUGUAUGACUCUUUAGCCGCCUUCCUGAACUGCAGAAGGGCAUACCCCUGUUCUUUCCUCCUCUUCCUCUCUGCUUUGCUGAUGUCUGACAGAUGUGUGUUGUCCAAAACAAUGCUAGAUACUUGAAAUGCUGGCUGGGCAGUUUUUUGUGCCUCUGAACUAGAAUGAUUUAGGUUUCCUCUGCUCUAUUUUUUGGACAUACACCUUACGUCUACAUACCUACAAUAUGCUGGUUCUGUCACACUCAUGCACACACAGAGACACACUCACAGACAUGUGACACACACACACACACACACACACACAAUCCACCACACAUUUUCCUUGGCAAUGUUUAGAUAAACCUCUCCUAGUCACAAGGCAAUGCAAAUAUUUUCCAAUAGACUUGCUAUGAAAUAUUUCUUACUCAAACUAUGCUACUUAGUAACCUUAAUAUAGUGCAUAACAUAAUGUGAGUAUAUAAUCAAUGAUUGUACAGUGAAUAUGUCAUGCUGUAACAAAUGUAACAUUUGCACUUUUCACUAUGUGUUUAUUCUUUCCUUUUUAUUUAUUUGUAUUUAAUUUAUUUUUAUAUAAUUGAGACAAGCGCUGCUUGAUAGUAUGAUGGAAAAACAGCAACAGAAUGUUGCAUGAUUACUGUAGGAAUGACAUUUCCAAGCUGUUAAAGUUCAGAGGAUAACAUAGUGAUUUCAUUUCCUCAUCCAAAUGUAUGCAUCCUACUCUGUCGAGGAGAUGCAAAUCCUUUGUUUUCCGGUGAACAUUUUUAGAAUGUCUGGAAUCAAAUGUGCAUCACUGGAUUAAAAAAAAAAGAAAAGAAGGAAGAUGUUCAUUAAA